AUGUCUGUCUCUGACCAAGUGGGCAAGGGCGGUAUCGCGGACCAGAUGAUCCGGUUCAACGGCUACCCGUUCCUGGAGAAGGACGACGCCGAGUCUGGCGACAAGGGGUUUAACGAGCCCAUUGCGCACAUUAUGCGGAAGGACCUCGUCGUGAUCCCAUCCACUGGCCUGCCAUUGUCCGAACUCCAGAGACUAGUGCAGGGCUCGUCGUUCCAGGGCUUCCCCGUCGUCGCGACCGAGACGGACCGGACGAUCAUUGGCUUUAUCCCGAAGAACGAGCUGCGCUUUGCGCUCGACCGCGUCCGCCGCUCCUACGCCCUGUCCCCGGACACAUACGUUGACGAGACGCCGCUGACGGUGUCGCCCAAGAUGCCGCUCGAGAUUGUGCUGCAGCUGUUCCGGCGCAUGGGCCCGCGCGUCAUCCUGGUCCAGAGCGAGGGCCAGCUGCAGGGCCUGGUGACGAUCAAGGAUGUGCUCCGGCACGAAGCGACGGAGAAGCACAGGGAGGCGGCCGAGGCGCGGGAACUGCGCGAACUCCGCCGCGACAGCACAGAGGGGUGGGGCGAGUGGACGCCGCUGGGCGCGCUGGGCGACGCACAGGGCCCCGUCCUCGAGCACGCGCUCGAGAGCGGGCUCAACUGGGCGCAGACGCGCGGCGUCGGUGUCGUCAACGACGUCAUUGCGCGCGUGCGGGCGGCGCGCCCGGGGAGUGCCGGGGGUGCGGUCGGCAGUCGCGGUGGACUGGGCAUGAGCGGAGAUGCGGGAGAGGGGGACAGCUUUACGCAGGACUACAGCUUUGCGAUUGGCGACGAGGAGGAGGCGCGCGACGAACCGCCCCUCCCGCACAGGAGGGGGAGUGGCGCGAGCCAUCAGGAUUGA